AUGGAUAUUCCAAUAGAUACACCGGAUAACGACAUAGGUCUAGAUGAUGAGAAUAAGCCUAAGAUUGGUAUGCAGUUUAAUUCUGAGAAUGAGGCAUUUGAAUUCUAUAAUAGUUAUGGAGGAGUAUUGGGUUUUAGUGUCAGGAGAGAGUAUGCAAAUAGGAGUAAAAAAGAUAGGUCAAUCAUUACUUCAAGGAGAUUUGUAUGUAAUAAACAAGGGAAUCGGAAAGUAGACAAUCGUGCUCAUGUAAGAAUAAAUAUUCUUCGAGCUGAAACAAGAUCCGAUUGUCCUGCUCGUAUGGGAAAAAAGAUGUUGGAAAAUGGGAAGUAUCAAUGCCAUGAUCUCAUUGAAAAUCAUAAUCAUGAGCUUCAUAUAUCAUCUACUACUCACAUGAUGCGGUCACAACGGAAAGUUUCAGACAUACAUGCCAUUGAAAUUGACUUGGGAGAUGAUUCUGGAAUUAAAACUAAGGCUAUGUUUGAGUACAUGAGUAAACAGGCAGGUGGUAGACAGAACCUUGGUUAUACACCAGUGGAUCAUUACAAUUAUCUCCGAAGUAAACGUCGCGUGACCUACGUCCCGGUGAAGCGGGAGUUUGUUACAGAUCUUUGA